GGCGGAACUCUGGGCCGCGCUCUCAUUGGCCGCUGACCGCCCAGCCGGUGGGAAGGGAUUGGCGGGGCCGAGCGUUCCAUAAGGAAAAAAGCGAGAGGGGCGGCGGAGCGCAGAUGCUGCUGCGAGCGGCGGCGGCGGCCGGUGUCGCGCGGCGGGCAAGUUUGCAGAACCGGAAGCGGGAGGGAGGAGCGAGGGCGGGAAGGAAGGAGGGCGAAGGGCCGCCUCCCCGCUCCGCCCGCGCGCUCCUCGACCCUCCCUCCCACGAGGGCGCCCGCCUGGAGGAGCUGCCGCAGCGGCAUCGAUCCAGCUCCGCCCAGGCAGGGCGAGACUUGGCCGGCUUCUCGGGGUUCCUUCCUUUGAGGAGGGAGGUGGGGCAGGCUGAGAAUAAGUGUGGGGGGGUCAUUUUAUUUAUGCAAUAAGGGUUGGGGGCGUGCAGGUGAGAGGGGAGCUGCUGCUGCUGCUGUUGCAGUGACUUGCGAGGGGACGGGCAUUGAUUUGCAAGAGCCGGGCUUGGUGUUGCAGGUGGACGGGUGUCCGGGGGGGCUCUGCGUGCAGACGGGCUGGGGGGGGGGAUGAGGCGGAGAAGCACUAUAGGGGAGCCUGGAUGGGGGUCGACGUCAGGUUGGGGGGCGGUGGGGAGCUGGAUUUGGGGCUGAGCCCGUCCAAAGUGAUUGCCUCGUUGUUUGAUUGGAGCUGUUCUCCAGCGUGGUUCUGAACGGGGUAGGGGAGGCAGCCAGUAUUGGGAUCACAGAAGCCCCAUCUAAUUGUAAAACUGCAUGGGGCCACGAGGGUCAUCCAGUCCAACCCCCUGCGCGGCAGGAGUCUGGAGCCCAACGUGGGGCUCAAACCCACAGACCUGAGACUAAGAACCUCAUGCUUUACUGACGGAGCUAUUUGUGGGGGACUAAGGGGAAGGAAGGUGACUGUAAUCCACGGGGAAGGUGAUAGGCUCUUUCUGAAGAAAGGAGGUGUUGGAGUUUGAUAUUAGCAUGGCCAAGGUUAGAGGAAGAGGGUAGAUCCAGGGUUGGGGGGGUCUGCUGGAAGAAGUUCUUGUUUGUGUGAAGAAGGUGGCCAUUUGGGCAGAAGUUGAGGUGGGGGGGUCAAUGUUGCUCUGGGAUGGGGAUGGGGAACCUGUGGCAGCGCUAGAUGUUGUGGGACCAUCGGUCCUGCUGGUUGAGGCUCAUGGGAGUUGGAUUCCAGCGGCAUUUGAAAGGGUACAGAUUCCCCUUCCCUGCUCUUUGGGAAAGUAUUUAAGGUAACAUGGAUUUUGGGUGUGAGAAGUACCAACUCUGAACACUUCCUCCCUGUUAACAUUGUAGGCUUCACGAUUGUACCACAUCAUGCAAGUAGCUGAGGAUGCCUGCACCAGUUUUGAGGAUGAGCUGCUCUGUAAGUAAAAGUAAAACCUUCGUUUCUGCCCCAUCCCAAACAUAUAUGAUCCCUUUCCCUUUUGUAAAGGAGCUCCUAGCCCACUUAGUCACAAAUAAUAAAUUAUUAUUGUAAGUGCGUGUGUUAAGCCAUUUGUCGUCUUACCCCGGGAGGGAGAGGAAGAACUACCAAAUUCUCUGAGGCUUCCCUGACUGGCCACCUUCAGAUAUUUUUUACUCGCCACAAGUGAUCAGUUGAGUGGCACUUUCGCAGUCUGCCUUUGCUUCAUUUCCAACCUGUGAUAUAAGAUAUAUUUGAUUGCCAAAUGCUCAAAGAGAUUGCGCUCGCAUACACUCUUUUUAAACUAACCUAGCUGUCUACUGAAGGAUGAUGCUUUAGUGACAGCAAGUGACGCAAGCAGCACAGGCUAGGAAUCCCCACUGACCUGCCUGGGUCAGUGGUUGACAAAUUUUGACAGUCCUUUAGAACCAAACCAAAUUUCUCAUCUCUCCUGCUCUAAACCCCUGCAGAAAGCCUGGCACAACUCUAGACAGGCAGUUUUCCCCAACUGCUGUUUAAAAACAAUUAAGAGUUUUUCAGUCAGCUUUGCCAUCUCGGCAUAAUCCAUCAACUUGGUUUGCCAUUCUUCUCUGGUAAGGACUUCCAACUCUGGGCCAAUAACAUGUUGUUCUAUACAUAAGUCUUUCCUGCUCCUUCGGAAUGUCAGUACCUGUAAUUCCUAAUAAAAAUGCUUCUUCUUUUUUAACAAAAUUUAUUUUAAACAUUUUUUUCCAUUUCAUUAUAUACCAUCUCCCAAAAAGCUUUUCUUACCUUACAAGUCUACCACACAUGAUAAAAGGUACCUUCUUUUUCUUUACAUUUACAACAGAUAUUUGAACUUGUCUUGUACAGUACGUUUUUGCUAACUUUGUAAGAGUCAGAUACCACCAGUACAUCAUUUUCAUAUAAUUUUCUUUCAAUGUAGAACACGUCAUAAAUUUCAAAUCAGAACCUUUCCUGGAAAACUCAGAAACCAAGAGGAUGAAAACUUUAUAAAAUAAUGGGGAAGAUUUAUAAGUUAUCUAGGAGACCACUGUAAGCAGAUGGAAACAAAAGCAGGAUUCUGACUCACUUGUAGUGUAAAAAACAUUAUACGGUCUGAUAUAAAAAUUGGAGUAUGCAGUUGUAGACGUUUAAGAUAAAACUCCAUGGAUGGCAUGGGGGGAAGUUGUGAGAUUCGGAGAAUCUCUACAUACAGUAUGAUUUUGUUGAUGUGUGUUUAUUUGUAAAAUUAAUAAAAUAUGUUCGGAAAAAUAAAAGAAUUGUGAGUAGCAGAACCUGUUGACAUACCGAAAGUCAGCCUGCGAUCUGUUGGUGAAACCAGAUCUGCUUCCAUUUCUCUUUCCUCCCACAGUCUGUGAAGACUGCCGUCUUUACUUCCGGGACUCCUGCCCGCAGCACGGACCCCCUACCUUUGUGGCUGACAGACCCGUUCCAGAAAGGGCUCAGUCCCGGGCCCUGCUCUCCUUGCCAGAGGGACUUCUAGUCAAGGAACGUUCCCAGGGGGGCCUCGGAGUCUGGAGCGCCCUCCCAGCCCUGCCUCGUGGCUGCAUCUUUGGCCCCUACGAAGGGGAAGUGGUACGGGAACAUGGCGACUGCACCCGGUAUUCCUGGGCGGUAAGACACACGAUUUUCCCAUCGUUUCCCCCCACAACUUAAAACGUGUAGCCUGGCCUCCCAACUCCACCUGGCACAAUAAAACCCCAGGCCAAACUCUCCUAGGGCAAAGCACACUCGUCUCCUCCAUGCUGCCUUGUUUGCUAACAGACUUUCAUUUACGUACCAUAGAAUUAUUCUUUGAGGUUAAACACAGUAAGGAAAUACGAAAGCUUUCUAUGCAUUAACAACGCGGCACUUCAAAUUGGAUCCAAACUAAGUUAGCUAUGCUUUAGUUCAGGGAUAGGGGACCUUUCUUCAAGCAGAGGGCCACUCCCCCCCCCCCCAUUUCCCUCUCUUGUCUUCCUAAUUGUUUAAAGCAAUUCAUGAACCAAUAACUUAUAAAUUGACCACCAAUAAUGAACCAUAUGUUGUCAAUAUUACUCCGCUUUUAUUAUGCUAUUUUUGUGAUACACAAAUGACACGAGAAAACUUGGUACAGUGGUACCUCUGGUUACAGACACUUCAGGUUACAGACUCCGCUAACCCAGAAAUAGUGCCUCAGGUUAAGAACUUUGCUUCAGGAUGAGAACAGAAAUCGCACAACGGCGGCAGGAGGCCCCAUUAUCUAAAGUGGUGCUUCAGGUUAAGAACAGAUCUCCGGAACAAAUUAAGUACGUAACCAGAGGUACCACUGUAUUUGCAGUGUGAGAGCAUCUUUUUUUCCUCCUUUUUGCAAAUCUGGGAUAUUUUUGGCAAGGUUUGUUUUGUGACAAAGGAUAACGGUGCACUAACUGGAACAGGAUGAGAUCCAGAAGGGGGAAAAAAUCGAGCCGUGGUGCCAGAAAAUAAAAACCUUAUCUUCAGCCAAGUAAGAAAUGCAGAAUGGCUGAUGUAGUCAUACAGGCACUGCCAGGUUUUAUUUCUUUGAAAAGUUUCUAUCCCUUGUGGCAUCACAAGCAAGCUUGCAAAUAUAACAGUGAUGCAGCUACAUUUGUUAUUAAAUAACGCUUAAAGUUGCGGUGUGUGGUGGAUUUCAUAAACAUAAGGCCUGGAAACUGAAAAUACAGGGUUUGGGCAUUUUCUUCUGUUUUGUUUCAAAAAGCCCGGCUGCUGUGGGAAGAUAUAUGUGUGUGUUUCAUUGUGUCAAAGGCCCAAUUCAGAACAGAAAAGGGGAGAGUCCACCAAUCCAAAAAGAAAGGAAACUUCAAGGUGUACAAAAUAUUGUUUCCUUUUCACAAUGCCUUUUGAGGAAAAUUUUACUCUGGGCCACCAUAAAACAGCACUGUUUCCCCCCCCCCCCCCGAGGCAGCUCCCCCCACCCCCUGAAAUUUGGCAGUGGGCCAAAUAAGAGUAUUUGUGUCCCUGGAAGUUAUUUGGCUGUUUGUUCCAUAGCCCAGUUCAUACAUUUCAAGAGUGAAAAACAUCUUUGCAAAGAUGUGCACACGAAACGCUAGCCUCAUAUGGGCAUGUGUUUGCCUUCUUCACAUGGGUUUAGCAUCUGCAUUGUUUUGCAAACAAUAAGCGGUUAAGAGGACCUGUGUUUUUCAGCUUUUAGAAUGAGCACUGGCAAAGAAAUUCCUUACAAUUCCAGUGUAAAUAAUUGUGUUGUAGUGUGCGUUAGCCAGCUUCCGCGUCCGAGCAAAUUAAAUGCAGAAAUGUUUAUUUCAGGCCCUGUCUGCACUGUGCGUUUAAAGCAGUAUCAUACCGCUUUAAACAGUUGUGACUUCCCACAGAGAACCCUGCGGUUUGUUAAGAGUGCUGAGGAAAGUUGUUAGGAAAUCCCUAUUACCCUUACAGAGCUACAAUUCCCAGAGUGGUUUAACAACCAUUCCCCUUUCCAGGGAACUCUGGGAGCUGUAGUUCUGUGAGGGAACGAGGGCUCUCCAAACAGCAUCCUUAACAAACUACCAUUCCCAGGAUUCUUUGGGAGAAGCCAUGGUUGUUUGAAGUGGUAUAACACUGCUUUGAAUUUAAAGUGCAGAGAUGGGGCCAUACAUUCUUUAACGUGUCUAAUAAUGUGUGCACCUCUUUAUUCCAUUUUUGAGAUUUGGGGGUAUUGGAGAAAUUGGGGUUGCUAUAAAUAUGUGAGGAGGGUAAGAAAGAAAGGAGGGGUGUUUGUGUUAAAGCCCUAAACGGCCUCAGUCCUGUAUACCUGAAGGACUGUCUCCACCCCCAUCAUCCAUCAGCUGGACUGAGGUCCAGCGCCGAGGGCCUUCUGGCGGUUCCCUCGCUGCAAGACGUGAGGUUACAGGGAACCAGGCAGAGGGCCUUAUCGGUAGUGGCGCCCGUCCUGUAGAACGCCCUCCCAGCCGAUGUCAAGGCAAUAAACAACUAUUUUACUUUUAAAAGACAACUGAAGGCAGCCCUGUUUAGGGAAGUUUUUAACGUCUGACGCUGUAUUUUUUAAAUAUUUGGUUGGAAGCUGCCCAGAGUGGCUGGGGAAACCCAGCCAGAUGGGUGGGGUAUAAAUAAAUUAUUAUUAUUAUUAUUAUUAUUAUUAUUAUUAUUAUUACCAAGCAUCCUUUGGCAUUUGCUGAGGGCUGAUGGGUGCUCAGGCCUAUUCCAGUUAGGCCCAACCACCUUUCCCCCCGGUUUGAUUAUUCCUUGCAGUGUGUGGCUUCCAGCCACCCACCAUUUUACCUUUCUACUGUGUAGAGGCAUUUAGGAAACUGAAAAUGGCAGAUGGCUUUGUUGCUGUUGGCUGCCACUACCAUCAGUAAGCAGGCAGUAUGGAGUGGGGGUGGGGGCAUUAGGAUUUGCGGGAGGGUCCUUCGUGUCAAGGCGCACUAAAUGGCACUUUGCCAAGGCUCCCUCAACCCAGCUACUGGCCCUGGCAGGAGGCCAUGAAAAUACUGUGAUGGGUAGAGGACAACAGGAAGCUAUCAUGCUCUAGGCUUACCUGGGCCUAGCCAGGAUUUAUGUUAGGAUUGCAGGCUUUAGGUUGGCAGGGGCGGAGACAGAACCGAGCUAUCUGCAACACAAGUGGUCAGUUAAGCAUUUUUAUUUACAGUGGUGCCUCGCAAGACAAAAUUAAUUCGUUCCGCGAGUUUUGUCGUCUUGCGAUUUUUUUCGUCUUGCGAAGCACGGUGUCGGGAAAGUUUUGGAAAAGCUUCAAAAAUCACCAAAGUCUUUAAAAACCUCAAAAAAGGCUACCACACCGCGUUCUAUGAGUUGCUCCUCGAAGUCAAGUCGCAACUGUAUUAACGGUGUUAAGAAAAGGAAACAAACUUGCAAGACGUUUCCGUCUUGCGAAGCAAGCCCAUAGGGAAAAUCGUCUUGCGAAGCAGCUCAAAAAACAAAAAACCCUUUCGUCUUGCGAGUUUUUUGUCUUGCGAGGCAUUCGUCUUGCGAGGUACCACUGUACUUACUUGAUUUGGGGGGAGGCAACUUCCCCCCUGCCCCGCCCAUGCAGUGGCUUAUUUCUGGGUUUUUUAUCCACAUAUCUGAUAAUGACGGUCACCUUUUUUAAUUUUAUCCCACAACCAUGAGGACCACAGACUUGCUUAAAAAGUAAAGCUGAGUUUCUCAGAAAGUUUUGCUUAUCACAACAUUGUGUGUCUUAGCCAUGCAGUACCAUAGGUGACUACAGUCGUACCUCAGAAGUCGAACAGAAUCCGUUCCAGAAGUCGGUUCGGCUUCCAAAACUUUUGUAAACCAAGGCACGGCUUCCAAUUGGCUGCAGGAGCAUUGGACUUUCGGGUUCCAAAGAACGUUCACAAACCGGAACAUUCACUUCUGGGUUUGCAGUAUUUGGGAGCCAAAAUGUUUGGCUCGCAAGGCUUUCAGAAUCCAAGGUACAACUGUACAGUGGACGCUUGGUUUGCGAAUGUGAUCCGUGCGGGAUGCACGUUUGCAACCCACGUCUGUGCAUGCGCAGGUUGCAAUUCGGCGCUCAUGCGCAAAGCACAAUUUAGCGCUUCUGCGCAUGCGUAACCGCCAAAACCCAGAAGUAACCCGUUCCGGUACUUCUGGGUUUCGGCAGUACGUAACCCAAAAAAACGCAACCUGAAGCGGUUGUAACUCGGAGGUAUGACUGUACAGUGGUACCUCACAUACGCUUCAGGUUACAUACGCUUCAGGUUACAGACUCCGCUAACCCAGAAAUAGUUCUUCAGGUUAAGAACUUUGCUUCAGGAUGAGAACAGAAAUCGUGCUCCGACGGCACGGCGGCAGCAGGAGGCCCCAUUAGCUAAAGUGGUGCUUCAGGUUAAGAACAGUUUCAGGUUAAGAACAGACCUCCGGAACGAAUUAAGUACUUAACCCGAGGUACCACUGAACUUGAUCACUAUAAUGGCCUUUGUGGUCCACUGCAAAUCUAGUAGAGAAUCUAGUUGUGCAGCAGUUAGAGCCUGUACCCCCAUUUGGAGGCCACAACUCCCCAUCAUCCCUCACUAUUGGCCAUGCUGACCGGAACUGGAGUCUCAAGAACAUCUGUAGGGCCGCCAGUUCCCCAUUCCUGGUUGUUGAACUCAGGGAGAUUCCAGCUUAAAUUUCCCACUCGGCCACCAAGCUGACUUGGGCCAGUUGCCGUUUCUCAGCCCAACCUACUGUGUUGUGACGAUAAAGGGAGUGGCAGCAGGGGUAAUAUCACCCUGAGCUCCUCGAGGAGAGUGGGAUAAACAUGUGACAAAUAAAAUCCCAAACCAGUUUCCUUUGGCUGCCAAGACCAAAGGGUUGAGUUGGUUGUGCCCCAAAAGGUCCCUGAAGAAAGAUUCAUGUUUUGACACAAUGUGGAGCUCCAAAAAUGUACCUUGAGGCUUCCUCCCUUUUUCCACAGAUGCCAUCGGUUUGCCACGAAUGAUAGCAUUAUGAAACGAAACAACAGCAACAGAAAUGCCCUUGACUAAAUGGUGGCUGUAUUUGUCGGCACAAUGAUGUCAUCCUUCAAAGGCAUCUGUGGUUAUUUGAGCACCUUGAUUCUGCCUAGGAUCGAGCUGUAAAUAUGCAAAGAUCAGCCUUAGAUUGAGGUGCCACCUUUCAGUUUGGAGUCCCCUGUGCUUUUAUGCUAACUUUGACUUGGAGUAACUGUUCAAAGCUCUGACCAAGCUACAUGCAGCAAUGUAUGUACAGUGGUACCUCAGGUUAAGUACUUAAUUCGUUCCAGAGGUCCGUUCUUAACCUGAAGCACCACUUUAGCUAAUGGGGCCUCCUGCUGUUGCUGCGCCACAGGAGCACGAUUUCUGUUCUUAUUCUGAAGAAAAGUUCUUAACCUGAAGCACUAUUUCUGGGUUAGAGGAGUCUGUAACCUGAAGCAUAUGUAACCUGAAGCGUAUGUAACCCGAGGUACCUCUGUAUCUUUGAAUUAAAGAUGCCAGUUGGUUUCAAAUUUUGCAUAAGUUGGGGUGGGGGAGAGAUUUGGAGGAGGGAAAUUAACACUUUCCUCUCCUGUGGCAGUCCUGAGGAAAAAAAUUCUUUAAAGGAGGCAAAUCUCUCAUUUAUGUCAAUGGGGAAUUUCCCUCCAAUGUAAAUACUGGCUUCAGGGAAGGGAUUUUCUCAGAACAGCAGCAAGGAAAGAGAUGGUUAAACUCCCUCUCUGUGCUUGCUUUGAUGCUAUAGAUUUAUCACCACCCCAACUAAUACCUAUGCAUAUCUUUAUUUAUAAUUCAAGUUAAAUGCAAAGGCAUUCAAGUCUAGUUUUGGCUCCAGGGGAAAUAUUUCCUAGCUGUGCUGAAGAUCUUUUGCUCAGUCAAAACUGUGGCAAUACAAAAAAAUAAUAAUCCACAAUUGGAUCUCCUGCUGCGAUUUCCAUUUAAUUUGUUUAUGUUCAUCAUUUAGGCCAUAUUUCUGACCAAAGUGCUCUCUCUUCAGGAGUUGGACAAUAAUAUAAACUGCAGAAAGUGAAUUUUCCUAAAACUUUUAUAAAUUACAAAAAUUCAAAGGGAAGCAAGAACAUUUGGAAAACGCAAAACUGCCAGCGUUAAAUUAAUCACAGACGGCAACAACGAAGCAGAAAAUCAGCAGCAUAUCCAAUAAAACCUCAUUAGUCAAAGGAUACUUGAAAUAGAUAGGUCUGCAAAUCCAGAUUAAGCUACUGUUAAUGAUUAUGAUAGAUAAUGGCCACGGGAGGAAGGCAGCUGAAUAAGAGCUCCCUGGGGAAAGGGAUUGAUUGUUAAACUACUCUGCGACUUGUAGUUCUGUGAUAGGGGUCUCCUAGCAACGCUUGGCCCCCUUCGCAAACUACAGCUCCCAGAAUGCAGUGGGGGAAGCCAUGACUGCUUAAAGUGGUAUGAGGCUGAUGGUAGGGUUGCCAUAUUUCAAGAGGUAACAAAACUGAACACAAAAUGUUGAGAUUUUUUAGGGCAGUCACCCAAUACCCCACUGCUGCUGCCACGCCAGAGCCUGAACCAGAACCACCCGUGCACACACACGAAAAAAUUAAACCCCAAAUCCAGGACAUUUGCUUUAAAAUGUAAAAUUCCCCCCGGAUGGGCAUGUAGGACCCCCCAAAAGAGGACAUGUCAGGGAAUUCCAGGACAUAUGGCAACCCUACUCAUGGGAAUUGGAGCCUUAACAAAUAUCCAGAAGGCCGCAGCUUCCCCAGACCUGCUCUAAGCCUUAUAAAGACUGGUUGUGGGCUGUAGAUCUUUCUGCACGUGCAAUAAAAGGUUUAGUUCAGAUGAUCUGCAAACCCAAGCACCUUUACCCCAAGAUUAGCACAAGUCCUUAUUCAGUGGCAGUCAAUUCUCUUCUGUCCACACUGAUGAGGUGGUCGAGAGAGUUGUUUCUGUUUUUCAAUGUGGUUUUUCUGCUACAUUUUUAGCAUUAUUUUUAAACCACAGAAUUGUAAAGUUGGAAGAGACCCCGAAGAUCAUAUAGCCCAACACUCCGCAAUGCAGGAAUAUGCAGGUGUCCCCAUACGGGGAUCGAACCUGCAGCCUUGGUGUUAUCAUCACCAUGCUCUUAACCAACUGAGCUAUCCAGGCUGAUAGAACCUGACCAAGGCCACAGAACUUGUACCAGACUCUCUGUCCAUCUCACUCAGUAUUGUCUACUCUUGAUAGGCAGAGAGGUCUUUCCCAGCCUGGCCAGGUAAUAUCAGUCAUUGGACCUGGGAUCUUCCGAAAGCAAAGUGCAUGCAUGCUCUAGCAAUGAGCUAUUUCAUCUUCCCUCUGUGUUGCCCUUGCCCUCAGUUUUGACAUCUCAGCAACCCCAGGAGAUCGAGAGCUAGGUAAGGCUGGGAAAAAUUGUAGCAUGCCCUAGCCACCCAAUAAGCUUCCUGGCCGAGUGAGGAUUUGAACUCUGGACUCUCCAAUCUGAGCACAACACUCACUGCAUUGCAACAGCCGCUUGCAUGCAAUUAAUCCUUCCUUUGCUUCUUCAGGUGCAAUCCCAAGAGAGAGGAAGAAGAUAAAGCUCUCGCUUUUAAAAAUAAAAUAAAAUGCAGAUGUGGGGAAAAGGUUAUUUGUCACAAACUGCCUUCAAUAUCAGAGACCUCUGAGUAUCAGUCGCUAGGCAGCAACAGCAAGAAGAGGGCUAUUGUUGCCCUAUCAAGAGGUGUCUGGUUGGCCACUGUAGGACACAGUGAUGGACUAAACAGGCCUCUGGUGUGAUCCAGCAUGCUCUUUUCAUGUUCACCUGAGCCAACAUUUGCAAAAUGGCAGCUUUGCUGCUGUUCAGUACAUGGAAAGGCUCAAGUGGAAUAUUUUUCCAGGUGUGUUUUGGGUGAUCAGGAUACACAGUCUCCCUGCAACCCUAAAGGAGGGCAGGAAACCGGAAUCCAAACCUGCUCAGCAAACUGGUCCAUGUGGAAGGAUGGGCAGAAGGUUGGUUGGGAAUACAGUGGUACCUUGGUUCCCAAACGCCUUGGCUCCCGAACAAAUCACCUUCCGAAUGCUGCAAACCCGGAAGUAAGUAUUCCGGUUUGUGAAUGUUUUUUGGAAGCCGAACGUCCUCCGCAGCUUCCGAUUUGAGUGCAGGAAGCCGCGCCUUGGUUUUUGAAUGGUUUGGGGAGUCGAACAGACUCGGAACGGAUUAAGUUCGAGAACCAAGGUUCCACUAUAACUGAUAAGUCCUUGGAUGACUUGCAGUUGAUCUGCAUGGGUUUCUGGCUCCCAGUUGCUCAACAAAGGCAGUUUCAAAAAGGCUGUUGGCCCUACACUCACACAAAAUUGACUGGAGUAGAUAUUGAUUUGUAUUAGCUACCUGUAAAUUAUCUCAGUGUUUGACUUUAUGGGCUGAAGGGAAUGAUUGGCUCCUUUUCCUGAGCUUUUCUGGAUUGAGAUCUCUGGGUCACUAUUUUGUACCCGGCUUCAGUUAGUAGGCCCUGGGGGUAGUCUAGAUAAUAAUUAAAAAAAAAAUAAAAAUCUGAAAACUUGCUCACACCUACUUUAAGGUAUUUGACGUUUUUCAGAUCCACUGUAGAUGGCGCUCUAUUCCCUUUCGAAAUGCUUUCUGGCUUGUCUCUGGCUUGCAGACCUGAAAUCCACCUUAGGCUGCUGAAAGUGAUGGGUUAGUGUACAGUGAGAGUGACACACACACACACACACCUGGGCCCAGAUCGUGGCACACUUUUAAGCCAUCCACUUGGAAGCCCAGCCCUGUCCCUUGUGGCUGGGGUGCCUGUGAUGUCAGGCAAAUUCUUAAGGGUGCAUCGAGAACUAUUUUGCAGGAGGAUUUCACAUUCCUACUGGGAAAUUCAGAUUUGCACAUUUGGAGUGCAGUAAAAGCACCCGAUAUCACCCUAGUGCAACAAAUCCACUUUAGGGGAAAAGAAAUAAGACUUUUUUGUGGUUGGGAAAGUGCCAGGAAAAUGCACCGGGAAGUGUGGAAUGAAUGAAUGAUCAAAGUGGGGAGGGGAGAGAGAUAUAAAGAGCCUGCUGGUAAUUCAGGAUGACCACUUACUAUCAUGUAACCUCCCCAUAAGCAGAUCAGAAUGGGUGAUCAAUUAAGACUGGAUAUAAUCUAACCUUUGCACAAGUUUUGCGCAAGCAAAUCUAGGAUGGAUGCUCUGUAAAUACAGUGGUACCUCGGGUUACAUACACCUCAGGUUGCAUACGCUUCAGGUUACACACUCCGCUAACCCAGAAAUAGUGCUUCAGGUUAAGAACUUUGCUUCAGGAUAAGUACAGAAAUUGGGCGCGGCAGCAGCAGGAGGCCCCAUUAGCUAAAGUGGUGCUUCAGGUUAAGAACAGUUUCAGGUUAAGAAUGGACCUCCAGAACGAAUUAAGUACUUAACCCGAGGUACCACUAUACAUACAGAGGAGCCUUAAGGUAGGGGUUGGGUGAGAGUGGAGCUUUUGUUUCGUUCUUCUUCUCCUUCCCUGAUCUUUCCAUCCCUCCUUCAGGUGCAGGACAACGGCUCCUACUUCUUUGUCGACGCGUCGGAUGAUUCCAGAUCCAACUGGAUGAGGUGAGCCCCUUGGGAAAGAGGCCCAGCAGAAGGAAGGAAGGGAAUAUACACCCGUCCCAGCUUAGUUGCAUACAUUAUAUCCAUGGAGCUACACAGACACACACCCCGUGAUGAAUUAGGUUUGGCAGCUUUUCAGCCCCCAUAGGAUGCUGGAGUGAUCCCCGUGGUGAAUGCUUGUUUAGUCAUAGGGGAGUGCUUCCAGCCUCCUUGCAGACUGUGGGCUGGCUUUACCCUGGAGUCGUACUGCUGCGGCUACCGCUCGGUGCAUCCACCAGCGAGUAAAGCAUGACGCAUGCCCCCCCCCCAAAAAACACAGUGUGACUCAUCCCCGCUUCCUCCCUGCAGAUAUGUGGCGUGCGCCUCCACCGAGGAGGAGCAGAACCUGACUGUUUUCCAGUACCGGGGCUAUAUCUACUACCGGGUCUGCCAGACCAUACCUGCCGACACAGAGCUGCUGGUGUGGAUAGGGGAGGAGUAUGCACGCACGCUGGGAUUACGCUUAGGUAGGCAAAAAGAAGAAGAGGAGGGGAGUGGGACAUGUUGCAAGGCCUCCCGUGUUCCCUUCUCCCUGCAGUCUUGUAAUCACCUAAGGAAGCUGCCGAGCACCAGGUCUGACAACUGGGAUACUCUUGACCGGUGGCGGUUUUUCCGGGAUCUCCUGCAAACGUCCUUCCCACUCCCUGCUGCCUGGUCAUUUUUAAACUAGAGGUGUCAGGAAUCAAACCUGAGAUCUUCACAGCAAUGUGCAGUGAGCCCAGUUAGGGACAAAGCGCACCCAAGAGCCAAAUGAUCGGGGUUAUCUUUUUAAACAUACCCCAUGACCCUCCCCAAUGCUAACAACAGCCACAAAACAUUACCCCAUUGAGGAAAUAGUUCCUGAGUUUCAUUCCUCACAUAUGACCUAGAAACAGGAGAUAAUUUCGGCUCUGGAUUUAAUAGUUCUAUUGUGUGGGGUUUGGGUUGGGGGUCCUCUUUGCAUUGCAGUGUGCAUUCCUUCACUGAAUUCAAAAUGGGGCAAGCCAGCCUCACUGCUUUGAGGGCUCUUCUCAUUCUCCUGAGUGGGGUCGCUGGGCUUCUUGCCCCCCAAGUCUUGCCCCAGUGGUGCUACUGUAUGGAAUACUGUGGCAUCUUGGCUUGUGGUUAUAUUCCUAGGCUCCCAGAUUACCCAUUAAAGGGUCUCUCUUUACCCCACAACUAGCCUUCAUUUCCCAUUAUUGCCAAGUUUUUGUUGUUGUGAACGCAACAUUUAUUUAUUUUUAAGUUUUUUCCUGCAACAGAAUCAAACCAAAGCAAUUCACAGUACAUUCGGACCUUGGAUCCCAAACGCCUUGGUACUCAGACGUUUUUGCUCCCGAAUGCCGCAAACCUGGAAGUAAAUGUUCCAGUUUGCAAAUGUUCUUUGGAACCUGAAUGUUCAACGGGGCUUCCGCAGGUUCCAAUCGGCUGCAGGAGCUUCCUGCAGCCAUUCAGAAGCUAUGCUUUGGUUUCCAAACGUUUUGGAAGUCAAACGGACUUCCGGAACGGAUUCCGUUCAACUUCCAAGGUAUGACUGUACAAUGUUGCUUAAAUGUAGACCCAGCCUGGCACACUGUUUGAAGAGCUGGUGUACACAGCUUUGGGAUGGAGUGGCAAGGGGUCAUUGACUCUCCGUGUUCACCUUUGCAGCCCCCUUUCCCCCCUGCACUUGGGUGGGUAAGAAAGAAAACGCCUCCCUGUUCUCCCAAGCUUGGAGCCAAGGAAGGCAUUCUCCCUAAGCCUUGUGCUGUGCUCAGAGCAGUUCCAAAGCUCAGCAUGGCACCAGGUACAAAAGCAGGAGAAGUAUAGGGUCAUGGCAACUGCACAUGCGAAGUGGCUGCCACAGUUCAAAGUUUGUGGGUCCCUCCUGACCAGCCACUGGGAAUAAGGAGGGACUUUGGAAUUCGGGUCCGUAAGAACAUGGAAAGAGCCUGCUGGAUCAGGCCAAAGACCCAUCUGGUGCAGCAUCCUUUUCUCACAGUGGCCAACCGGAUGCCUGUGGGAAACCCAUAAGCAGGAUCUGAGCACAAGAGCACUCUUCUCCUGCGGUUUCCAACAACUGGUACCAAGAAACAUUGCCGCCUCUUGACACUACUUCUUGGUGGGUCUGAUGCGAGUUGUGGUUCAUCCACACCCGGGAGGUGCAAAGGUUCCCCACACAUAGAAUCACAGAAUUGUAGAGUUGGAAGGGACCCUGAGGAUCAUCCUUGCAAAGCAGGAAUAUGCAGCUGUCCCAUACGGGGAUCGAACCUGCAACCUUGGUGCUAUCAGCACUAUGCUGCAAGCAACUGAACUAUCCAGUUUGGUCUAUUUUUCCAGCAGCAGAGAUGGAGGCCUCUUCAGCCAUGGCCAGAUUGUUGAACAGACUUAACAGGGCCCUAAUCUGGGGUGUUGGUUGGGGGGAGGUGAGGGACUGUGUUGCUAAAUAGCAUGGGAGGAGUGGUGGUGGGGAACUCCCAUGCCAUAAUUUGCUCACCCUACAACAGCAGAGGGACUGUUCCAGGGUUGGCUGCCUUGCAUCUCUGCAGAUGUAGCAGACCCUCACCUUUGCGCUGUUAUCUCUCCCUUCCAGGCGAGCAUUUUAAGUACGAAUUUGGCGAGAAGGAGCUGCUGAUGAAACUCUUCCAGGAGCUGCACCUCAAGACCCCGCCGCCGCCUCCCGCUCCCCACGCCCCUUCUUCCCGCACCCAGUACCUGUGCGGAGACGCCGCCGCCUCUCCCCUGCUGCCCCUCCACAAGCCGGGCCUCCCCCCGGGAGGAAGCCCUUUCCCGCUGCUGGAAGGGACGCAGAACCUGGUGGGGCUGGGGAGGGCGCAGAGCCGCUACUGGACUUUCUUUGGGUUCCAGGGGGAUGCCUACGGCCGCAUCCUGGACAAGAGCAAGAUCAUCUGUAAGCUGUGCGGAGUCCGCCUCAGCUACAGUGGCAACACCACCAACCUACGCCAGCACCUCAUCUACAAGCACCGCUGCGAGUACAACCAGCUGGUUGGGACCCAGACGGCUGCUCUGGACAAAGGGGUCCUGGGGACGGCGAGCGAGUUCGGAGCCCCCCGGCCUCCCGCCCCAGGCAGGACCACGCGGGCGGUGGCCGACUUCAUCGUGCUCGACCUGAUGCCAGUGGAGGUGGUGGAAGGAGAAGGGUUUGGGCAGAUGUUGGGGGUCCUGGACCCCAACUACAAGCCCCCAGAUGCUGCCUCCCUGGCCCACACGGUGCUGAGGGACAUGCAGACCCACGUGAAGGGGAAAAUCUGGGAGCUGGUGCGGACCCUGCCCCAGUGCUCGCUCAGCUUGGACAUCUGGCGCCACAGCAACACUCUCACCUACCUCACUCUCACCGUGCACUACGUGGACGACUGCUUCGAAGCCCGUGCGAGGGUGCUCUCGAGCCGCCCCAUCCCCGAAGAGCCCAGCGCCGACGGCCUGGCAGAGGCCCUCAGUGAGGCGGCCAAGGAGUGGGGGGUCCGUGAGAGCACCUCAUACACCGUCGGAGGCCUUGGGCUCACUACCCAGCAGGCCGCAGCGGCGCUUGGUUGGACCGCCCUGCCUUGCAUUGGGCAGGCCUUGCGAGCCGCCAUGGAGGCUGUGCUGAGCCAGCCAGCAGUGCAGGGUGCCUUCGAGCGGCUGCGGCGCCUGGCGUCCUGGGCGCUGGCCGGGGCAGGCCGUGGCGAGAAACUGUGGGCCCAGGAGCCCCUCCUGCAAGCGCACCUCGGCCGCUUCCUGCGGGACGGGGGCAAGUGGCACAGCGCCUAUGCCGUCCUGCAAGGCCUGCUGGAGCACAGCGACCCUCUGGCGGGGCUCGGCCCCGACGGGGAGGCGACGCUGCGCCCCCAGGACUGGGCUGCCCUUCGGGAUGCGGCCAAGGUCCUCAAGCCCAUGGCCAUUGCUACCUCAACAUUCACCAAAGACCCCUUUUCCAGCCUGUCCCUCGUCAAGCCCGUGCUCACCAGCCUUCUCUAUAAACACCUGGUGGGCAGCGAGUGGGACUCCGCCCUGGUGCUGGAAGCCAAGGCCGCGGCCCAGAAGGAACUGAACCAGCACUUCUCCAGCCCAGACGUCAACCAAGCCCUCAACCUGGCCUGCGCCCUGGACCCGCGCUUCCGCGGCCUCGACUUCCUGAGCCACUCGGACCGCGUGGAAACCCUCCACUUGCUCAAGGCGGAAGCGUCGCGGCUGGCGGAGUCGCCGGCAGCACAGGCCUCCGGCCCGCCGGGCAUGGCCUUGCCCCCGUCGCCGCCAGCCAAGGUGCCAAAGCAAGACGCAGGCAUCGAGUUCCUGCUGGGGGACCUGUGCAGCAUGCGUGCCGCCUCGGGCACCAGCUCGGCGCAUCAGCAGGUGGAGCAGGAGGCCAGCAGCUUCCAGUCCAGCAAGGCCUCCGCCCUCGGCCAGGAUCCUCUGCAGUGGUGGAAGAUGCACCACACGCAGUACCCGCUGCUGGCCCGGGCAGCCCGCAAGCUGCUUGGCGUGCCUGCCACCUCGGUGCCCGCGGGCUGGCUAUUCAGCAGCGCCGGCGACGCCAUGCACACCAAGCGGCAGGCCCUGACGCCAGAGCACGUCGAUAUGCUGGUGUUCCUCCACGGCAACCGAGCCAUGCUCUAUUAGGACACGGGGAAAGGAAAUGGGUGGCUUGGGUGGGCAGGGCACCCUUCUUUGCCUCCCCCCCCCCAAAGGCGCGAGGGUGGCAAAAAUGCUUCCGGAGAACGCUCUUCCCUUCCUUCUUUCCUCCCUUCUCUCUCUCCCUGUGGGACAGGCUUAAUGCUCUGUGUGGUUUUGAGAGACAAGAGGGUAAAGAGGAGCAGAACAAACCAUUUGGGCGCUUUUUUGGAGAGGGGUGGUGGUGCCUGUCCAUCAGCCAGAAACAGCCUGGAGCGAAAAGAUAAUAGAUAUGGCCAUAGUAGUCAUUUUGGAGAACAGGAAUGGUCCAUUUUAAGGUUGGGGGGGGGGAGAGGAGGCUGAGGACAGAAGUGGUCCAUCAAAGGGGUGGGAGGCCUGAUGUGAAGGAAUAGUCCACGUGCCACAAGGGAAAAGGGGUGUGUGAACGUGAGGGAGGAGGUGCGUAUGGCUUUCACAGCGCUUCUCUCGCUUGCAUUGCAGCCCCAUUUUUCUCUCCUGCCUGGUAGAAGAUGCGCAGCAGCAAAGGACAGGGAUGUUCCAUGAAAGGAAAGGAGAGGGAGCAUCUGAGGACAGGAAUGGCCCACAAACAAAGUUGGGGGGGAAGAGUAGAGGUGGGGCUGGAAUAUUCCAUGCGUGUAGGGGGGGAGAGGUGGAGCUCUGACUGAGAGCGGGGAGGAUUUUGGGGAGUUGGAUUUGGCAGGGACUCCGAUAGAGGAAACCACAGGAAUUGAAAAGCAGGGGGAAUGCAGAAGGAGCUCACGUAGGAAGGUGGAGGAAGUGGGACAAAAUAGCAGAGUGGAAUAUUCCAAGUGGGCUGGAUUGUAAUUAGCCAUAUAUUGCAAGGGGGGUGGGGUGGAGGAUUGCAAUUGGGGGAGGGGAAAGAGGCAGUUUUUCCACAGUAGGUAUUGUGGAUUUCCAAUUCCCUCCCAUAUAUAUAUAUAUAUAUAUAUAUAUAUAUAUAUAUAUAUAUAUAAUAUUUAUGUAUAUUUAUGUCCAGGUGUCCUUUGAGCUUAAAGGCAGGGGAUGUUGAUGGUUUAAUAUCCCAAGCAGCAGUUUGAGGAGGGAUCUAAUCAGAAAACAAACUCAUCUGCUCCCUUUCAUUUCCUUUUUCUAGGAUAUUGGGCAGGGUGGGAGCAUGGAGAAAAUUGUGUCUGGGAAAUCCCUUCAGGCCCCGAACUAUCUCCCUUUGCACCUGAAAUCAUGUGAUUGCAUCUGCCUUCUUUUCUCCUCCAUGCGGGUAGGGGUCCCAGGCACAGAUUAGAAAGACUCAAAAACAGAGUAAAGAAAAAAGAGGGUGUUUAGAGGACACUGGCCCUCCCCUCUUUGGGAUCAGAAAUGCCCCCCUUCUGGUAUACCACCGACCCUUCUGGGCCAAGCAGUCAGUUAGCAUAAUAAACCAAAGAUAGUAUUAACCCAUUCCUUUCUACUCUCCCCCUUCCAACUUCAUUUACAUACACCCCUAGUCCGGUUUGCAUGUGGCUGAAACGUGUCUCUCCAGAACAUGGAGGAACAAAGCUGGAAACAUGAAUGCAUGUCUUUUCUCUUUCCUGCCCCCUCCCCUUAAUGUCACUCCCACAUUGGGGGGGGGGGGAGGCAGCUUGGCUUGGGUUUCAUUUUUUAACCUUUCCCCCCCUGCUUCCCUUUCAGUACUGGAACAUGUUUUCUUUUGUGUGUGUUUUUCAAAAAUUGAAAUUGGUGCUUCAAC